AUGACUCGACCUCCGGACUGUAAUAUGGAUUUAGAACUCAAAGACUAUAACACUACGCUUACUAAGGAGAACAGCUCUGCUACUAUCAAGAGUUCUAAUUUUUCUGCCUGGGAAGACUAUAAGAGCAGCGUAGAUGACUUACAGUACUUUCUGAUUGGCCUGUACACAUUUAUAAGUCUUGCUGGCUUCAUGGGAAAUCUACUUAUACUGAUGGCUCUAAUAAAACGCAAGCAGAACACAAUAAUAAACAUUCUCAUUGGAAACCUAGCCUUUUCUGACAUUUUAGUUGUGCUGUUUUGUUCGCCUUUUACAUUAACAUCUGUCCUGCUUGAUCAGUGGAUGUUUGGAGCAAUCAUGUGCCAUGUUAUGCCCUUCCUCCAAUGUGUGUCAGUUCUGGUUUCAACUUUAAUGUUAAUCUCUAUUGCUGUUGUCAGAUACCGCAUGAUAAAAAAUCCCCUUUCUAGUAAUUUAACAGCAAAACAUGGCUAUUUCUUAAUAGCAACUAUCUGGCUUCUUGGUUGUACAAUUUGCUCCCCUCUGCCAGUUUUCCACAAAAUUGUAGAUCUCCAUGAAACCCUUAAUUUAGAAACACUGAACAGCGGGCAUAUGUGUAUUGAAUCAUGGCCAUCUGAUUCAUAUAGAAUUGCCUUUACUAUUUCCUUAUUACUCAUGCAGUAUAUAUUGCCCUUGGUUUGUUUAAUUGUAAGUCAUACCAGCGUCUGCAGGAGUGUAAAUUCCGGAUUGUCAAACAAGGAAAACAAAUGUGAAGAAAAUGAGAUGAUAAACCUAACACUUCAUCCACCCAAGAGUUGCAGAUCUCAGGUGCAACUGUCCAGCAAUUCUAGAUGGAGCUAUACGUUUGUCAGACAACACAGAAAAAGGUAUAGCAAAAAGACUGCUAGGGUGAUGCCAGCUAUUUUACGGAGUCAUCAGGAUAAUAAUUCUGGAGAACUCCCAGAAACCUCUGGUACAGAAAGAAGCCAGCUCUCUUCAUCCAGUAAGUUCAUACCAGGGGUACCAAUCUGCUUUGAGAUGAAACCAGAAGAAAAUUCAGAGAUGCAAGACAUGAUUACAGUAUCCCGAUCCAUCACUCGAAUUAAGACAAGAUCUCGGAGGGUUUUCUGCAGACUGACAGUAUUGAUCUUAGUUUUUGCUGUCAGUUGGAUGCCUCUUCACCUUUUCCAUGUUGUCACUGAUUUUAAUGCCAAUCUUAUUUCUAAUAGGCAUUUCAAAUUAGUAUACUGCAUAUGUCACUUACUGGGUAUGAUGUCCUGCUGCCUGAAUCCCAUCUUAUAUGGGUUCCUUAACAAUGGCAUAAAAGCUGAUUUGAUGUCUCUUAUUCCAUGCUACCAAAUAUCAUGA